AUGCCGAUAUGUCCAGAUAAUUCGACAGAAUGCCUGCUCCGGGCUCUCCUCGAAGACAAUUCAACUCGAGCCUUGCUCCAGGAACUCCUUGAAGCAACCUCGAAAUUCAAUUGGGAUCCCCUGAAUUUCGCCAUCACCGCCGCCAUAGGCGUUCUGGCCCUUAUCGUUGCUUGCCUUACGAUUUUCCAGGGUCUGUUAGCCGCAGGCCCGGGACGCAUCAAAGCCAGUAAGGUAGCAAUUGGUCCCUUUGCCGACCUUUCCAAGUCGCGCUUCGACUUCACUGAGCUGGGUUUGCGUACCAAGGCCUCUGUGCCUUCCAUCAACCGCAUAAACAAGCUCCACAGGAUCGAACGUGAGUUCCCCGAUCAUGUCUGUUGUAGCAAGCAUAAUCCAGCGGUUGGGACAAGCGAGCCUGGCGCAUCGUGGCUGAGGCUGUUGAACGAACUCGGAAUUUCAGAUCCCAGGAUAUGGUCCACCGUCAUCCGACAAACUGACAAUCUCCCUGCUGAUAUCUCUGCGGCCCCCGCCGCUGGUUCGGUUGUCUUCCUGGCUCACCUGGCAGCCAUCUCCGACGAUGGUUGCGCGGUCGAACGACGCCCAGGCAGUCGUUUUGUCACCGUUGUUGGAAAGUCAUCCCAGCUGACCUUUCGUGAUCAUCCGGUGCUUGGUUCAGUUGCAAUGUAUGAGACUUAUCGAGACAGCCCCAAAUAUCGAGAUAGAAAGAGGCCGAAUGCCAGCAAAUAUCGUUUGAACCUCGGCGAGCUCCACAGCAUCGGCUUUGUCGAGACUGCAACCAUGCUCGAUCUGUCUCACGGUCUCCUGAAAUGUCGAUAUCUCGGAUACGCUGUCAAUGAAGGCUCCGUCCAAUUAAGUUAUGGUGUCUUCCUCCAGAAACUGACUUCUCAUUGCGAUCACAAACACCUCAACUCAAACACGGACUCGGUCUUGUACGCAACAAGGGGCUCCUACGGUGCCAGGUUUGCAAAAGCUUACAUCUUUACCGUUCUGUUAUUUACCUCGGUGCCUUCCUUGGUGCGAGCAUUCCCCUCAACGCUCUUAGGUCUGCAAGGUGCUGUGGAACAGCUUGCUGCCCAGGUUGAAGAAUGGUACCAGACUCCAGAUGAAGUUACUUCCGGCAUGCAAUGCGCUGUCGAACAAUACAGCGGGGCUUUCCUCCCCGUUUCAACGGCUGCCUAUCCUUUCUACAUCUAUGGCGCACGUGCUCGUCAUCAUUCCAGUUCCUCUUGGCUUGAAGACCCCCCUGGCGCUGGGUGGUGUACCGCCAGCAUGACUACCGAUUUUCGAAAGACCGAGCAUGACCUUCUAUUUGCAAGCGACAUGAUUCAGCUUUGUUGCGAUUGGGUGAAAGAACUUCGUAGCAAAGGCAGAACUCUGAAGGAGUUAUUGAUGGAGGAUGCGAUUAAAACUAAAGAGAAAUUACUCACUGGCAUUUAUCUGGUUGAUGAUUGGAUCCGCCUUCACAACCGCGCCGAUUCCAUAUGCAUUGCUGUUUCCUUGGUGCGAGACAUCGAAAAAGAGCUCGGCAUUGAGUCUCCCGAUGAUCUAGAGAGUGCGCAAACGAUCACAUCUGCGACUCCAAAACGAGAAUCUAAUCACAUGGGUGCACAGACAGAUCCAGAGAGAUUGAGGAGGAUUUUAGUAUAUCGCGCAAUCUUAUUGGGAGCAUUGUUGGAGUUGAGCGCAGAUACGAGCUGUCUCGUGGACAGAAGCUUCCCAGAUUCUAUUGUCAAGGUCCUGUGA